UUACAAUUCGGUGGUCUGGGUUGGGAAUAUCUAUUCAACGAAUGGGUGGGUGAAAAAUUUCCUCUGAUUACCCUUUCUUUCUCACAUCUGAAGCUUUCCUCUUUCUCAUUCUUCUCCCCAUUUCCUCUGAGAGCAAUACGUUAGCAAUUUGGCACUGACCCUUGCCCGUUGAAGUCUAAAUCCCAGCACCUUCCCACCAGAAACAGACGAGUUAUGGUGGCAACUGCUUCACUGGUGAGAGCCAGCCAACAUUGGGUCUUUGUCUCCAUCUCCUACCUGUUUUAGAAAUAGAAAGGAGAAAAAAAUGGCGAAGAAAGCUUCAAAGUCGAAAAAUGAUCGUUUAUAUUCAACCUACGUUACUUCCGCUAAGAACCCAUCAACAGCCUCCAAUCAUCAAACGGCGUUAAGAGUAAAAUCAAGUGAGAACAUGAAGAAGACAGCUGAAGAGAGUGUUGUUAGCGAGAGAGAAAACAGACCCAAGUAGAAGUCAAGAUUCAAAUCGAAGUUGAAGAAGAAAACAAAAAUCGAAGAUAAAAUGCCUAAGAAACCCUCCACUGCUUUCUUUUACUUCUUAAGAUUUUCGUAAGGAAUUUCAAGAGCAGAAUUCGGACAUCAAGUCAAUGCGCGAUGUGGAGAAAUGUAUGGCAAGAUUGCAAGAGUUGCAGUUAACAGUUGCAGGAGGGUCUAAGGUUAUAUCAGGGGUGAGUUUAAGUCCAAGAAGUACUAGGGGUUAUAUGAGGACUACUCCCAAAUGCAAGAAAGAGUCCUUGAGGAUGAAGAACUCUACUCCAAGGAAAUCACCAGUUGGGAAGUUUCCAGCCACUGUAGGAGGUGAAUGUAGGAGAAUGUCAUUACCAGCAAUGUUAGUAGGGGAAACAGUGGGUGAAAUACUUCAAGCAAAUCAAUUUGCAAGACAGAUCCUAGCUGUUGUUGAUAACAAAACCAAAAAUACUUCUGAGGAUCCUAAAACUCCAUUGACUGAACACAGGAAGCAAAGAUAUUAAUUUUUAAAGUCUCUGAUGGAAAAGGAUGAUUCGAAAUGCAGGCAGAAUGCGGUGGUGGAGAGGAAAACCGUAUUAGUCCCGAAAAGUGAGACCAUAGUUCAUGCAAUUGUUACGAAUGUUAAAACAUUUGACUACCAAUUAAGAAAUGGUGAUAUGAAGCCAAUAAAAGAAGGUUUGAAUGGUUUGAAAACAACUUGGAAGCAGCGAUCCAAAGGACGCAAGUGAAAAACGAGACUGUAGAGACUUGAGAGACAAAAGUGUUUGUAUAUGAGGUAAAAUUGGAUUAGAUGGAGUGUGUUAUAUAUAUGUAUAUGGGACUGAGUGAAUUUUGAUAGGUAUUAGCACUCGGGUCUCUAAAAGCCAACAUGGUUAGUGUAACAUCAUCACCCAGUUUUAUAGGGACAAGAUUUUGGAUAUUAUCUCAAACAUUUUAAGGCCUAUUAACUUAUGGCGUAAAUUUUAAGCAUAAUACCUAUAUUAUUGUAUAACCAUAGAUACAGCCCUCAAUCUUUACCAUUUUGGUUAAUUUAGCUUGUAACAUUUCCCUUU